CCAAAGACUGUCUCCUCCCCUCCAGCCUCCUCCACUGUCGCGGGGCAGGCCGGAACCUUUAUCCAUAGGAACGGGUUUACAAAGUAGAGUGUUGCCGGCCGGCGGCAAAGAGAAUAGGGUGCCAUCCUCUUCCUCUCACCGUCGCCGCCGCGGAGCGAGCCCAGCAGAUUAGAUCGAGGAGCGCGGUUACCGGUUGGGCUGGGUCUAUGGUCGCUCUGUGGGCCGCUCCACCGGCUGGUGCUUUUUUAUCAGGGCAAGCUGUGUUCCAUGGCAGGGAACUUUUGGCAGAGCUCCCAUUAUUUGCAAUGGAUUUUGGAUAAACAAGAUCUGUUGAAGGAACGCCAAAAGGACUUAAAGUUUCUCUCAGAAGAAGAGUAUUGGAAAUUACAGAUAUUUUUUACAAAUGUUAUCCAAGCAUUAGGUGAACAUCUUAAAUUAAGACAACAAGUUAUUGCCACUGCUACGGUCUAUUUCAAGAGAUUCUAUGCCAGGUAUUCUCUGAAAAGUAUAGAUCCUGUAUUAAUGGCUCCUACAUGUGUGUUUUUGGCAUCCAAAGUAGAGGAAUUUGGAGUGGUCUCAAAUACAAGAUUGAUUUCUGCUGCUACUUCUGUAUUAAAAACUAGAUUUUCAUAUGCCUUUCCAAAGGAAUUUCCUUAUAGGAUGAACCAUAUAUUAGAAUGUGAAUUCUAUCUUUUAGAAUUAAUGGAUUGUUGCUUGAUAGUGUAUCAUCCUUAUAGACCUUUGCUCCAGUAUGUGCAGGACAUGGGCCAAGAAGACAUGUUGCUGCCCCUUGCAUGGAGGAUAGUGAAUGAUACCUACAGGACGGAUCUUUGCCUACUGUAUCCUCCUUUCAUGAUAGCUUUAGCCUGCCUGCAUGUAGCCUGUGUUGUACAGCAGAAAGAUGCCAGACAGUGGUUUGCUGAGCUUUCUGUGGACAUGGAGAAGAUUUUGGAAAUAAUCAGGGUUAUUUUAAAACUGUAUGAGCAGUGGAAGAAUUUUGAUGAGAGGAAAGAGAUGGCAACUAUCCUUAGUAAGAUGCCGAAACCAAAACCUCCUCCAAACAGAAAUUCCCUGAGUGAUUCUUCACUAGUGGCAGGGCCUGAAGCUGCAAGAUGAUGAUGGACAAGAUAAGGCAAUAAUCCUUUUGCCACAGUUACUGUGAAGGAGAGCAGGGUCCAAAUGGAAGUCAGAACUCUAGCUACAGCCAAUCUUAAAACAUUCCGGAAGAAUUCCGUAGUGGACCAGUUGGAAAUAAACCAUUGGACAGAUUUCAGUAAUGUCGUCAAUGGAACACAAAUGAAAAUGAAUAGCUUGUUUCUGUCAAGCAUAUUGGGAAGUGAUUUUAUUUUUGCAAAAUAAGUUUUCCUUACCUAAUUUUACUCUAGUAUCUAAUUGAUUAAAAUCUAUUGUUUAUAAAGGUUUGGAAAGAUUCUAAGGGGACCUACAGACAGACAGACAUUUGAAAAUUAAUAGCUUUUGAUUCAUAUAAUUUUUUGUAAUUUGGAUAAUAAAAAUUGUAGCUUUUUAUUAAACCAGGAAACAUGAAGCAUAAUUUGUUUAAAAUUCUCUUUGGUCAUUAAACGACCAAAAAAGGAAAUAAAAUCAAAUAUAUGAGGGUUCCCCCCCCCCCUUAGGUUAAACUUUGAAACUGUAUUUAAGGAAUCAAAUCUUGGAAGGUUUUAGUAAUGAUACUGAUAAUUUCAGGGAAAUUAAUGAAGUACCUAUUGAUUUUAAAGUAUAUUUUAUUCAGUAGUUUUGGUAUCUUGCCAUGGAGGAUACUAGCCCAGCCUAGCAGAAAAGUGCAAUAUGUAUAGCAUACUUUGACAUUUUAAAAGUUAUAAUUAAUUCCUUAACCAUUUUGAAAUGCUGGGCAAAUGUUUAAAAAAAUGGUACAUAAAGUAUUUGCAUUUAAUUCAUUUAAUCAGGCAUUUUGAAAGCUGAUUGGAUAAAACAUGGUAAUAUGGUUGAAAAUUUGGUAACAUUUUAAUGUUAUUUUUACUCUACUGUGAAAAGUUUUUUAUAUGACAUACACACCCUAGUUUAUUUUUGUGUCUUAGUGUGGACUCACCAAUUUAUUACAGGUAUCCUGAGCCAGGAACACAAUCAGGUUUCAUGCCACUUUUGAUACUGGCAAUUCUUAAUUCUCAUAUGAGUGUAGGACUUAAGACUAAAUGUUUCGUCAGUGGGACUGUGCUGUCUGUGGAACUUAAAUUACGUGAUCAUUUUCUUCAGACUUGAAGGAGAGUGAUAAAUAAAAUUUGGAGUCAUAGGAUAUUGAUGUACAAUUUAAGGAUUAAAUUUUUUUAUAAAUCAGUUGUAAACAAUGGAUUAUUAAAUUAAAUGUUGACUUGCUAGUAUAAAACUGCAAGAAUAAAAGUAAAUUCUCCAGCUA